UUGGCUUUAGGGGCGGAGUGAGUGCUGAUUUAAUAGGCUUGCUGUCGCCUUUGAGCCUCCUUCCUCGCCUUGGCAAGCCUUUUGCUUCCCCAGAGAGGAGCCAUGUCCAAGUUCGUGGAGCUGAGCACCAAAACCAAGGUGCCCAUUGUGGGGCUGGGCACCUGGAAGUCUCUACCAGGACAAGUGGCAGCAGCUGUGAAGAAGGCCAUUGAUGUGGGAUACCGCCAUUUCGACUGUGCCCAUGUGUACCAAAAUCAAGACGAAGUUGGCAGUGGAAUCCAAGAGAAAAUCAAGGCAGGGGUUGUAAAGCGAGAGGAUCUUUUUGUUGUCAGCAAGCUUUGGUGCACCUUCCAUGAGAAAUCAAUGGUGAAAGGUGCCUGUAAAUCAACUCUUGCAGCCCUGAAAUUGGACUACCUGGACCUCUACCUAAUUCACUGGCCUAUAGGAUUCAAGGCUGGAGAUAAUAUGUUUCCUAGUGAUGAAAAAGGCAUGGCCAUACCCAGUAACACAAGUUUCCUAGAUACCUGGGAGGGAAUGGAGGAGCUGGUGGAUGCUGGAUUAGUGAAAGCGAUUGGGGUUUCCAAUUUCAACCACGAACAAAUUGAGAAAAUCUUGAACAAGCCUGGAUUGAAAUACAAGCCUGUAAAUAACCAGAUUGAAUGUCAUCCCUAUCUUACUCAGGAAAAACUGAUUAAUUACUGUCAAUCCAAAGGGAUCACGGUGACAGCAUACAGCCCCCUUGGCUCUCCCGACAGACCAUGGGCCAAGCCGGAAGAUCCAUCUCUCCUAAAUGAUCCUAAAAUCAAAGAGAUUGCAAAUAAGCACAAUAAAACUGCAGCACAGGUCCUGAUCCGGUUUCAUAUCCAAAGAAAUGUGAUUGUGAUUCCCAAAUCUGUCACCCCUGCACGAAUUGAGGAAAAUUUCAAGGUAUUUGACUUUGAGUUGUCUAAGCAAGAAAUGGAAACCAUUCUCAGUUUCAAUAGGAAUUGGAGAGUAUGUGCCAUGGGCAUGGCCGUCAACCACAAGGAUUAUCCAUUUAAAGCUGACUAUUAAGGCCUAGUUGUGAAUGUUUUGAGACCGAAGAAUGGACUGUUUUGUUUGUAUUGAGUUUGUCUUUUAAAAAUAAACUGCCCUUUCCACAUCUCACCUUUGUUGGCUUUCUCCAGCCCAGAUUCAAUAUAUUUUGAACAACAGAAUUUUAUCUUUCGACUUGUUUGAUGGCGGGAUCAUUUUUGCCAAGACAAAUGGCUAAAGUUGGAAAGAGUUAAAUUCCAUAUUGUCACAUACGUCGAAGUUCUGUCACAUGGUUUUCUCUAUCCAUCUAGACAGCUUAAUAAGGGGAGAAAAUUUGAAGUUUCUAUUUUUAUUAUUACAGGUUCUGCAUUUGCCUUGGCUCCAUAUUGGGGCUUUAAUGUUUUGAUUGUAUGAGGGGUAUUUUGUUUUUAUCUUUUUUUAAAGUUACCAAAAGGAUUUCGAGCAUAUCCUUCUGUUCCAUUACUUCUAAUAAAAUUAUCUGGUUCCUAUAA